AUGGUUAAAGUCUAUUGUACUGUAUGCCAUAAACGAUGUAAAGGUGAUGUAUUGAAGAUUGAACAACAAUUUAUCCACUACAAAUGCUUUCAAUGUAUAAAAUGCCGAAAAAAUUUGAAACAAGGUGGUUUCUUUGUUAAAGACAAAAAAUUCUACUGUCCAAAUGAUUAUCAAUCAGAAUUUGGUGUACGAUGUGAAACAUGUCAUGGCUAUGUGGAAGGCGAACGAACAACAAUACUAGAUGGAUUAUAUUAUUGUAUGCCGUGCUCCACAAAUCUAACCAAUGGUGGUGGUGGUGGUAGUUUAGCACAUACUAGUAAUACUAUUGGACGAGGAGGAGCAAGUGGAACUAGCAUUGUUGCUGCUUCUGUUACUCCUGGUACUGGUACAACAAAUGGCAGUCGUUUCAAUCCAUUAUCUUUAUUAUCAUCUAGUCGUCAUUCGCAUACAAUGCCGUCGAUAAAAACAUCUACAUCAUCACCGUCACAUAAUAUAAAUAAUAAUAAUAACAAUAACAAUAAUAAUAAUAGUAAUACUAUUGACAAUCAUUAUUCGCCUUAUUCACAUCAAAAACAAUCGAAACGUUUUAUAGCUAAUAAUAAUGUUAAUGGUAAUAAUAAUAAUACUAAUCUUAAGUCAUUCACAUCUCUUAAUGAUCAGUUAAGUGUACAAAUUCAUGAAAAUGGCGGUUCAAUUCCUGACAGUGAAUACAAUAAGCGGAAAUUAGAAGUGCAAGGAAUUGAACCGGUUACCAUAGAUACCUUGUUAUCCACCACUCCAGGUCAGACAAUAUCACCGAAUUCAUUUACACCAUCAACAACAUGUGAACGACGUAUAUGUCCACCGGGUGUAGACUAUGGUCGACAUUAUCCAAUCUCAUAUCUUCAAUUAGCAGAACAAGGUUUUACAGCGAUAAUGAGUAAUGACGAAUUAAAUCCGAAUAUGAAUGGAAAUGCUGGUGGUGGUGGUGGUCAUCGAUCUAGAUCUUUAGCAAGAUCAUUUUUCAGUCCUAUGCAUUCAGCAUCAUCAACAGGAUCAAGUCAUCAUCCGCAUUCACAUCUGCAGCAUCCGCAACAGCAACAUGUAUCACGACGUGAUGUUGUUGUCCGAUCAAUGACUAGUAAUUCUAUACCUUAUCGAAGAUCAAAUGAUCUUGACUCGAAGAAACAAAUGGUAAAUGGGGGCAGCCCAAAUCGUUAUAACAACAACAACAACAACAGUAAUAUACCACUGGCUACUACGGCGACGACUAUGACAUCGAUAUCUCAUGAUUCUAAUAUGCCUAUCUCGUUAACUGGUCGACCAAAACGUGAUAUGUAUGUACGUCAAAGACAACUGUCACCAGGAUCAACAUCUCUUGGUUCUGGUGUUAUGGGAUAUCGUCGAUCGGAAAGAAUGAUGAAUUCAUCUACUCUACCACCAGGAUUAGAGAAUUUACGUCAAUCUACAGGUCGGUAUUCGUGUCGAUCUACUCCCAACGUGACAGGAAAACGUGGAAUGACUCAGCUAGCGGAAUCUCUUGUCCGUCCACGAGUUGAUCGGACAGCUAGUCCACCAUCGGCAGCUCUUUAUUGGUCUGAAGCACGACGUCUAGCUUCAUAUCCAAAUGCACGUCUACCUGAUUCAAAUAGUUUGCCAGCUAUAGAACGUUAUGAUUUUCCAGCUCCACCUUCCCCUGCGGUUGUUAUGAUUGAUAAACGUCGUGAAAAACGUAUGACAGGUGUACAGUCAGUUGGAUUAGAUAGUCGAGAUGGUACACUAAGAAAUGGUACAAUGACAUCUGUUGACACUGAUUGGACUGAUCGUGAUCCUGCAGUAAAUGCUAAAUUAGAUCGUAUUGAUGCUGAAAUUGAAACAUUGAAACGAUUAGGUGAAAGUUCUGGUAUUACAGCGGCGUUAAUUCAAGAGCUGGAAGCAAGUAAAUCACAAAUCCAUGAAGUUGACUUGGAUCCAAUAUCAGCAUCACGAUCACCGAAUGCGAAUGUUGAACCUGGGUAUAAAACACGAUAUAAACGACAUGGAUAUACAUCUCCUUCACGUGAUACCAGAAGAGAUCGUCGAGGUGGUCAUAGUCUUUCUUAUCGAUUAGAAUAUUCUAGUACAGGUGGUCGUUCUGGCACUAUACCAAGUUUUCCUUCAAGAUAUGAUCACGAUUAUCCAAUGAGACAGCAUGGUCAAUACAUGCGAUCAACUUAUUCAGCUCCUCGACCUGGUUAUACCUCAAGUAUACUAUAUGGACGAGCAGUCAGCCUACCUAGACCAUUUAUGGGUGUUGAAAAUGGUGAUGGAAUCCUAGAUCAUAAUAGUACACUAUCUGGACAUAUACAUACAGGUGGUAGUAGUUCAGGUGUCCGAGGAUCUGCAUCCACAACACUGAGAACAGCACAAUCUGGGCAUAGUUUUCAUCCAGGCACCGGUGGUGUCGGUGUUAGUCAUUCAGCUUACUCAGGUGAUGUACUCAAUUGUCCUGAUCGUACCAUCACUGUGCCAGAAUCGCUUAAUACAAAUUUCAGUGGAACUGAAUCACGUACAAUCGGCCUACAAGAUGGAAUAGGUUCAGUGACAACAUCAGGAUUAUCAAUGGAUGGCCUUAUUGCUGAAUCCGGUGAUGAUAUUACCUUAACUAGUCCACAUAAUGGUUAUUUCAUGAAAUCAGGUACUUUAGCUGGUCUUCCAUGUUCUGUGACAGGUUUACGACCAGUUGGUCUCCCUUCAUAUCAUCAUUAUUCUCAUCAUGCGAAAAGCUAUUCAACUAGUCGACGUGGACGAACGAGUACUCCAGUGCCAACCAGUGGCAGUGGUGGGGGUGCAGGUGGUGUUGGUAGUGGUUUAGGUUAUUUAACUGAUCCAGAUCUGAUGGAUAUUGAUGCUUAUCCAUCUGUACAAAGUUGGCUAAGACCGACAGCAUCGUCUGUAUCAAGACAUGAAAAGUCUUUCAAGAUAUAUCCUUAUGAGGUAUUAAAAGCUUCUUCAAAUCAGCCAUUGAAAGGAGUGGAUAGAACACAAUUAGAAUGCCAUUUAUCAGCAGAUGAAUUUGAGCAAUUAUUUAAAAUGUCACCUCAAGCUUUUCAACGUCUACCUGAAUGGAAGAGAAAUGAUUUAAAAAAGAAAUUAGAUCUUUUAUAA